GGGCGCUUUCAGUGUCAAGCAGUUGGUUGCCGUAAACAUAGCCCCAAAAAUACACACGGGAUUUCCCCUUCGUACGGCGAGCUCGAAACCCAAAAUAGCGCCAUGGGAAUUUCCGUACACGGAAGUGUUGCACAACAACAACAGCGCAGUGUUCAAUACAAGAUCGUCAAAAUGGACAUUUUCUAAUUGAAGAGUCAAGAAGUAUCGCUCUACAAAACGUGUGCUGAUAUUUCAACAGUACACGAAUGAAGAAGACGGAUCAUGGCUAGCCAAGGUGGAAGUGUUGUCUCUGAUGAGUCCCUAGCAAAAACAGCCUCGGCACUUAGAGACACCUGGCCGAGUCUUGCAGAGCAUCUUGGCUUCGAUCAGUAUGAAUGUCUGCUCAUUCGCCUGGAAUGUUCAGGGGAUGUCAAGGAACAGGCCCGGCACAUGUUGACGGCAUGGACGAAGAGAUACAACGGCGUGGACAUGCAAGGAUUCCUCAUCGGGGCUCUGAGGAAGAUUGGACGGUACGACCUGCUGGGAGAGCAUGGAGCGGAGAUUUUUGAUGACCCUUUGCUGGUGCCUCUGGCUGAUGCACUUGGAGAAGCCUGGCAGACACUGGCUUUUUAUCUGCACCUGGACGACAAUCAGAUUGUUAGCAUCGCCGGGUCAUUUGACCAAGUUCACAAGCAGGCCCGACGCAUGCUGACGGUGUGGAGAGAAGACUACCCAGGCAUUGACAUGAUUGGUCAAUUGACCAAGGCACUGAAGCGAAUGGGGAAGUAUGACCUGCUGAAAAUAAUAGGCCUGGAAACUGUGGAUGAAAAGUCUCUCCAGACACUGGCGGAUGAACUUAAAGGAGUAUGGCCCGAGGUAGCAGAACAUCUUGGAUUUGACGAUGACGACUGUGGGAGCAUCCGCGUUGCUUACCCCGAAGACAUCAAGGAACAGGCCUGGCAGAUGCUUAAAGCUCUCCGGGAGCGACACGAUGGUCUUGUCAAGAUGGACGAAUUAAAAGGCGCCCUCAAGAAAAUCAGUCGGUAUGAUCUGCUUAAGUGGCUAGGUGAGGAGAUUCUAGAGACAACCACCAUCCGCAAGAUUGCUAGGGGCCUGGGUGAGUCUUGGCCGAAGUUGGCUCUCUAUCUCCUGAUGGACGAGGUUCAGUGUGAAGCAAUCAUGAAGUACCAUUCAGAGCCCUGGCAGCAGGCCGAGGAGAUGCUUGUUCUCUGGCGAGAAGACUUCGAGGGUGAUAACCCUGUGGAGCACUUGGGCAGAGCCCUGAUGAUGAUGGACCGCGAAGAUCUAGCUCAAGCACUUGUACCGUCGCAACAGCUUCAACCGUGUGGACAAUGCGGCAAUGCCAAUCCCCUCAAGAUGCGAAGAUACUACAGCAAAGACUACGAAGGUUUCACCCGUGUGAUUGGUCUUUGCUGCGCCUUAUGCGGCCAGGAGUGGCUCUCAGAGCGCUUCUUGUUCCAUCCAGACGUGGACAACACUCGCCCGUGGGUGAAACUCGGUGGGGUCGUGCUGAAGGAACAACUAGAGGUACCUUUGGAGAAAAAUCCGGUCUUUCAGGUGAAGGACUGUCGCACCAAGAUUGAACACUUCGACGACAUUAGUCAUUACAUAAAGGUAGGGGAUCAUAUCACGUGGCACCGCCCUUGGGGCAUAUGGCACCAUGCAGUCGUGUCUGGCCUCUGUGAUGAGGUUGGAAAAGUCAAAGUUAUACAUUGGAAUAAACCAAACUGCAGCGUUUCAACGCAGAUCGUUGAAGAAGAGCUUGACUUGCGCCAGCAGUGGGGGGACACGUUUCGUAUCGAUUAUCCUAAAGAGAUUACCGCGGCCAACACGCCGGAGUUGGUUAUUGCCCGGGCUGAAUCGAGAAAGGGGGACAUUGGUUACAAUCUGCUCGGAGAUAACUGCGAAGCGUUCGCGUCUUACUGUAAGACUGGGGUUGCAGAGAGCUGCCAGCUUGUCUGGCUGUAUCGCAAAUACACGGAAAUUGUGGAAAAAGCGCUAGCUAGUCUCGCAGACGGCGUGUGGAAGGUUGGGUAUAGUCUCGUCAGGAAGAUCGCUAAUGAUGCGAUGGCGGGUGGAGGAAAAAAAGCAGUGGAAGCGGUGGGGGAAGCAGAGUUUAUUGAGCAGGUAUGGAAAGGAUCUAACUGGGUAGGGGUGGGUCUUGUGUUCGCUUUUGAAGGUCGUACGUGUUAUUGGGACCUCAGACAGGUGUAUGAGAAAAGAAAGUCGGGUGGCAUUUCUUUGAAAGAUUUCAUUGAAACUGCUUCACGGCGUGUGAGCGAAGCAAUUUUUGGUGCCGGGCUUGCUUCAUUCAUAGGCAUAGCGGGACAGGCUGCUGGUAGUUUCAUUUUGCCUGGAAUACUAUCACCAGUCGGUGCGUUUCUUGGAAGUGUCGUGGGAGGUACCUUGGGCUUGAUUAUCGGAAAACCCCUGGGCUCCAUUGUCGGACCCCAUAUCGGCCGUGCCAUAACUUCGGCAAUGGGGACCGACGACAGGGCAGUGGAGAGAAUCGAGGACCUUAAGCCUGGAGACCAAGUCGUGUUUUACGGCAACCUGCUGCAUCCAAGACACCACGCCAUAGUGGUUGACCGGUUCCCAGGUGCGAAGAAAGUGCAGGUGGUACACAACACGUACAAUCAGGGUGUCAUAGAAGAGAAAGUUGAUUUCUCAACAUCUGUCUUCAGGCUGGUGUACGACGAGCGGAAGUGUUAUCCACCUGACGAGGUGAUCCAGAGGGCCCGAUCUAAGAUCGGGGACGAGACGUACCGAUACUCCUUAGUCUGGAACAACUGUAAGCAUUUUGCUCGAUGGUGCAAACUGAGAUAGCUCACUCACAUACGGUCUGGUUUGAAAAUGCAGUUUGUAAUGAAAUUGAUUGGUAUGCUGGAUGGUUGUUUGUGCCUUGAGCGAUUGUGGAGUGCAGUCGACCGCACGCAUGAUACGCUGGUUUGGGGAGAUACCUGAUGUGUUCAUGUUGGUAGAUCAGAAGGUAGGAUGGUGUGAAUGUACAAUAUAGCCUGUCUCUCUAAAUUGAUUAUAUCUCUCAACAUCAUUAAGUUCAAUGAGCUUAUUGUUGAUGACGAUAAUGGCUUGAAGCUCAGCAAAACCUGUCUCACUGAUGGCUGUUUUAAUUUUCGAUCUUGGUUGGCUUGAGGUCUCUCGAUCAUAAUUUUGAAAACAAAAAUGUUCGAUUGAUUGUGUUGAUUGGAGGUGCUGUAAAUGCAUUGGACAGUCGUCUGUGUCUUCUGUGUUCAUUCUCAAUUAUAGUGUCAACGUUCAUUUACAUGUAUAUACUUCCAUGAAGCACGCUUGACCUUCUGUACAAAGCGCACAUUGUUCCCCUUUUUCGUGGCUGCUUCGCGUUAGCUGACGGGCAGUUUGUGUUUUAUAGAUGAGUGCCAUGCAGUUAGCCGUGAAAUGAUCGCCUAUUUAUAGUGCCCCUCAACGGUAAAAAAAAAACAACAACAACAACAACGGCAACAACAACCGCGAAAUAUAUUCUCAGUGCCGGACUCGCAUUGAUUUUAUAACUGAAAUUUAUUUAGAAAUUUGUUUUAUAUCUUAAAAAAGAUAUAGUUGCACUGUAUAUUGUCAGCAGGCCUAUCUUGACAGUAUCGGUCACAGAAAAAAAGAGAACUCGUAGUCGCGCACUCAUUGACAGUUAAGGGAUCGGAUUUCACAGGGUAUAAUGCUUGGGUGAAACAUGAAUUUAAAAAAUUGUACAACCAUUUUCUAGAGAAGUAAUAUUAUAGAACAAAUAUGCAGAUUUUGUUUAUCAAUGCUGCCAGUAUAAGUACCUACAUGUACAUAGCAUGUUUUUCAGUCUUUGAAAAUGAUAUAUCUUUAAACGUUUUCAUUUCUAUUAAAUCCAAGCGUUAUGAGAAUUUUAAUAUUGGAUAUAGGAACA